ACAUUAACUCGUGUGAGCAUAGUUUCACACUCUUUAUAAAAGCAUAAACAAGAAAAUUUCACUCACACUUUUCAGACACAAUAGAUAUGAAUGUCAAUUCCACUUGAGAGUUUGACUAAGUUGCAUUUUGUGUUUAAUUUCAACUAAAUGCCUAAUUUUGUCACAAGAUCAUAGUGAUAGUCAUUUCUCUUACACAACCUCAACCUUCAAUACCUCAAACUCAAAGCACUAUGAGUAAUUCCUCGGGGGAUGUUAACAACUUUGAGAGGCCAUCCAAGACACUCAAGACUAACCCUUCAAACACAGGGUACCCUUCCUCACAAAGAGAGGAUUCUUCUUUCCCUUACAUUCUUUACUUUAACAAUGAGGAUCAUGGAAAGUCUUUAACUUCAAAAGGGUCCUUAGAAAAUCAAAGAAAGGAAACUAAACGGAAUAUUGAAGAGAAUAAGAAGACUGAUUCAAUCACAAGAUCUUCUCAACAUAAUAAAGAUCACAUAAUUGCUGAGAGAAAGAGGAGACAAAAUAUUAGCCAACACUUCAUAGCACUUUCAGCACUCAUUCCGGGCUUAAAAAAGAUGGAUAAGGCUUCUGUAUUGAGAGAUGCUAUAAAGCAUGUGAAACAACUUCAAGAACAAGUGAAACUACUUGAAGAAAAGAACCAAAGGUUACAAAACGUAGAAUAUGUUGUUUAUGUUGAGUCAAAUUCUGGGAAUGGUAAACGGUCACUGCCAGAAGUUGAGGCAAGAAUGUCAGAAAAGAACGUGCUUAUUAGAAUCCAUUGUGAGAAACAAAAGGGAGUGUUGGUGAACAUAAUCAAAGAGAUUGAGAAUCUCAAUCUUUCUAUCACUAGUGCUACUUCAUUGCUAUUUGGAACCACCAAAUUACUAGACAUCACAGUCAUAGCUGAAAUGGAUGAGGAGUUCAGCUUAUGCGUGCAGGAGCUAGUUAGAAACCUUCGAGUUUCAUUCUUGCAAUUCAUGGAGUAGUUUUUUAUUUUCAUCAUUGGCCUAACAACCCUUACUUUUUUGCAAUUCAUGGAAUUUUAGUUAUCAUAUUUAUUUAUAAAUGUGUACUAUCUUAUUCUCACCAGCAUAGCCACGUGACUUAAUUAAUUUAUGUGUUAUUUUUGUUUCA